CUCCUAUCACCCUGACUUCUCACAUUCAAUAUGUCAUCACUCCAAUCCCGAGGAAUAAAGAAUUCCCUGGACGCCCACUUCCUCCACAAACACAAACGCCUGUACGACUUCGCCCAGUCUCAUAAAGGCGAGGAGUACCCCUCAAUCAAGCAUCUUCGUGCCGAGCUCUUUCAACUCUUCAAGGUUCGGGGACACCACUAAGCAGAGGGGAUAAUGUUCUCAUUUCCCCUUUCCCCCGCCUACGCCCCCUGCACAACCCCGUUAGAGCACCUCACCAAGAUCAUGGUCGAUAACUUGAAGCUCGAAACCCACCACCGCGGGCAGUACAUUCUUCUACGGACAUUGACACCAACCGACUUCCUCGUCGCUGUGGGAGCUGUCGCGGAAGCCGAGGCGGGGAAUGUGAUCAUGCUGCAGCUGCAUAACCAGGAGACCGAAGUCUUCGCUCGGGGGGAUUUUCUGAAGGGACGCCCUUGUGCGAUCCGCGUGGAUCAUCCUUCUGACCUGCGCGUUCUGUCGGAUUGGGAUAUCAUGGUGCCUGUGCAGUGGCGCCGACAGUUGGUCGGGUCCGAGCUGGAUGCCAUGCAGUGGAAGACGAAAGGAAAUGAUGCAUUCAAUGCCGGGGAAUAUCGUCGUGCGAUCGAUUGCUACACUCAAGCUCUAUCAUCCUCACCCACACCGGACGAGGCCCUGACCAUCAAGCUCAACCGCGCUCUGACCUUCCUCCGAUCCUAUCAGUUUGACGCCGCCCUUCGCGAUCUAGAACCACUCCCCCAGUCCUCGGAGAAAGCCCUGUCCCGCAAAGCCCGGCUCGGAGAGUGCUCCCCGCCGCUGUUGGACCGCGCCACCUACGUCGGCCCUGUCGCCGUGCGCCCGGCACAGUCGUCUGGGCUGGGACUCUUCACGACCACGGCCGUCAAAGCCGGUGAUCUGCUGGUUUGUGAAAAGGCGCUGGCCUACGCCCAGGUGAAUCUGCAUGACUUCAGCAAGAGUCUGAGAACGCGGGUCGACCCGGAACGCGAGAGGAUCAGCUCUGCAAAUGAUAUCGAGCUGUUGAGACUGAUGACGCAGAAGCUUCUCAAGAACCCGUCGCUGAUACCAGGAAUCAUCACGCUGCACCAUGGAAAAUACGAGAGUGUUGACGUGCGCGAAGUGGACAACACACCGGUGGUGGAUAGCUUCCUUCUCGACAGAAUCAUCGCCACCAACGCCUUCUUCAACGACCGAUCCAGUCGCCGCGAGGAGCACCGUCAGGCCUGGGCCUCCGAUGGGCGCGUCGCCGCCAAAAAGGCCGACGUCGUUUCCUGUGGCGUGUGGCCUUUAAUCUCUCGGAUCGACCACUCCUACCACAGCACCGCGGACACGCCGGCCCUGAACUUCCGCCAAUGGGGCUUCCGGUGCACCUGCAUCCUGUGCAACGACCACGAGGCGACCCCCGCGGACAACCUGCACAGACGGCGUCAACUCCUGCGGGAGCUGGGAGUCCGACCCGCGGCGGAAGUGCUCCGUCUAGUGCUGGAGAAGGGAUAUCCACUGCUGGCGCUGCUUUGGGCGCGGCAAAAUAACACGGGCAAGGCAAUUGAGAGUGCAGUGAAGGGGCUCGAGGCGCUGGGCUAUGUUGUAGAAGGCGUGCUGCCUCCGUGUUAUUCGGGAGGUGGCGGGGGUGGAAGACGCCUGUGGGUGAAGAAAUGGGGAGUUGUGACGGAGGGGCUGGUCGGGUGCUGGAUGACGUUUGCGCAUUUAUAUCGCAAGGUGGCGCCGGCUCUGGCCCCGCAGGCUCAGGAGUUUGCCAAGGUCACGUAUCGGAUUGUCGUCGGGGAGGAUGAGACUUUUGGGGAGCCGUUUGCGUGGCGGGCUGAUUUGCCGGAUGGGUUUCUUUCUCCGGAGCGGUGA